AAACACUCGAGUGUGUUUUGUUGAGGUUUUCUGUCAAGUUUCAUGCAGCGAAACUGAAUUAUCUGCAAACGACUGCGUGCUUGUUGCGCAAUCCCCGCAGCUGAGCUGGCUGGUUAACGUGUGUCAGCUGAUGGAGACAGCAAGGGUCUUGUCUUUUUAAAUUAGCAUUCAAAGGCUGACCGGGAUUCAGAUCAACAGUUUGUUAUACAGCCUUAUUUCAAAUGUUGUCUUUCUCGACAUUAACCGAUAGUUUAACACCAUUUACGGCUGCUGUAGCUAAGUGACAAGAAGAGUGUCUUACUUACUUGACCAUUUAAAUGUUUAUUUUUAGACCGUCACCACAAACUCUGCCAAAGAACUGUAUGAAAGUCGGCCCAUAAUUAUCUCUACAUUAUUACCCUGAAAUACUUAGUGGGAAACAAAUGUCAGUUCUGGGAUGUGUUGAUGAAAUAAGAUUAUGGUUGGUCCUAUUAUUCUUAAUAUUCUGUCUGAUGUUGCUGGCAAUUUGUGUGAUUGAGUGAGCUGGUGGGCUUUGUAGAUUCAUAAUUAAAUCACUAGAUGGCCCUGUUUGCCUUCUCUGGGUUAUGUUUAGGGACAUCAGACUACAGCAGGCUUCAAAGUCGUGGCGUCUUUAUUUUUAGAUUGUUUUGUUGUCCAGAGCACCUGUGGGAGCCAAACACAGACAGCCACACAUGGACUCUACCUUGAGUGUCAUACGAUGACACCUUUUGACUAGCCCCCAAAGUUUUAAAUUUGCCUUUUUUUUUUAGGGCUUUCGCCCAGAAAGUGAUAUUUGGAACCCAAAUCAUGAUCUUUUCCUAAACCUUCAACCAAGUAUUUCUGGCAACAACAAAAAAGGCCAGUAUUCUGUGGUAGCAGAUAAUGGAAGAUUCUUGAGGUCAAGUCAGGGUAUACAUACAAUAUUUUGACAUAUAAAAUGCAUAUACUAUUUCUGUAGAAGUUUGUGUGGUGUGGAAGUGUCCUUAAGCGAGACACUGAGCCCCAAGUUGUUCCCCGGGUGCUUUACCGCAGCCCACUGCUCCUAAUGCUUAGGAUGGGUUAAAUGCAGAGCUCAAAUUUCAGGCGGUGUGGUGCUUCACCUGGUGACUUAGAAGGUGAUGUUCAGUGUUAACAAAACAUUCACUGAGCUCAUGUGUUGUAGCAACUGACCUUGAAGGCUUAGAGUCUGUGACAUGCAUACAAGCAACAUUGGACAGUAAACACCCCUUCCCACCACCACUAAAACCCUAGUGUGCACGAAGGGUGUGCCGAGCUGCCUUUUGCAGUUUGAUACUGAUGUAGGCGAACAAAUAGACUGAACACUCAAUUUAGUGACAAAGAAACAUAUUGGAGAAUGCAUCAUUGCCCCAUGCAUUUAAAUGUAAUCAUUUGUCAAAGAAAACAGGAUGUAUUAUAAUUGGAACAAUAUUAGUUUGAAAACCAAGUGCACGUACAGCCUGUUUUUUCUUGAUAAAAGUGGAGGUUUUGAGACUGAUCUUUGCCCUUGACCUGUCUGCUCAGCUGCAGCAAUGCAACCAUAAGGACUGCAACUUAGACCGAAAGGGGUGGUAGCUAAAUGUAUGGCUACGUUUGCACUGCUGCUCCGCCCUUCCUGUCUGCGCGUGAGUGACAGAAACAGAGCGCCGCUCCAUUGGACAGAGCCUGUACAUAUGAAUGGGCGGCAGCUGCACGUUUUUACAUGUAUAUGGUGGGGGAGGGGCUUUCAAACGUAACAUUGUUUAAUAAAACCUUGAUUUAAAAAAGAGAAUUUGGUGGAGAACAUCAAUCAUGACCUCAUUCAUUCAGGAACCAGGCCGUGCUAACAUAAAUAACUACACCUACGAUGUGUGUUUUGCUCGUGGCACGUUUUCCUGUUCAUGUAUUCUGUUCUGUAGAACCUCUAGAUAUAUAUAACUAUCAACCAAUGAGAUCUCAGCCACCGGCGACGUAUCAACUGCUAUUGGCUCCUCGUUAUAAUCCACGCCCCCUUUUGAUUGGCCUAAUUAAUAUUCAUAAAACGAGGCGCCCGGCCCGCCUAUCAACACAAGGAUGGGUGGACAUCUUUGUAGAGGGACAGUUUGUUCCCAACACCUCCAAACUCGUUUACCGGAGGAAGAGAAGAGAGCUUUUAGGGAUGCAGUGACCGUCGUCAUACGUGAAAACCGUUGAAUCCCCCUGAGACGGUGCUGAAUAGCUACGUUAGUGUUAUCGAGCAGACAAGCUGUUUAGCUUGCUUUUUGUUUGACAGUAACUUAUAACACGGGAGGAAAAUGUCAGGGGAGCCAAUUAUCAUCACACUAAAAACGGCCACCGGGGCCCCGAGUUCAUUCCCCGUGGUUCUGAAGAAGGUUAUGGAAAUGCCACCACCGGACAUUCUGGACGGUGACGACGAAACGGACAAGCUGUGUCUGGGAGAUGUUGACCUUGGCGGAGGAGGUAGCGAUAUGGGUCCUUCGGCUGCCCUGACCCCGGCGAUCUGGGAUAAAACCAUUCCUUACGAUGGGGAGAACUUCCACCUGGAGUACAUGGACCUGGAGGAGUUCCUCACGGAGAACGGCAUCCCCACCUUGCCGGACGUGGGCUCUCUAAAGAGCAGCGCAGAGGGAGACUCCACGAGGACGGAGAAACUAAAGGCACAGGUGAAGGUUGCCAAGCCAGCCAGCGUGUCCUCACUGGGCCUGCUGCCCAUUCAGGAACUGGACAAGUGUGAGGGGGAAGUGAUCAUCACCAAGAGCGACUCUGAUAUCCUCUGCGAUGUUACUGCAGAGGUGACCACUGAAAGCGACGAAGAGACCCCCGACCCCGAUGAGCUCGAGGUCGAUGUGAACUAUGAGCCGGAUCCCACCGACCUGGUCCUGUCGAGUGUGCCCGGAGGCGAGCUGUUUAAUCCUCGCAAGCACAAGUUCUCUGAAGAGGAGCUCAAGCCACAACCUAUGAUCAAGAAGGCCAAGAAAGUGUACGUGCCUGACGAGCAGAAGGAUGACAGGUACUGGAAUAGAAGGAAGAAGAACAACGUGGCGGCCAAGCGCUCCCGCGACGCCCGCAGGUUAAAGGAGAACCAGAUCACCGUCAGAGCGGCUUUCCUGGAGCGCGAGAACGCGGCGCUGCGGACGGAAGUUGUCGAGCUGCGGAAGGACUGCAGCCGCUACAAGAGCACAGUGGGUUGCUACGAAGACAAAUUUGGACCACUAGCGGUGCUGGAAGAAGACCAAUAGAAAGUGUUUGAUUUAUUUUUAAAAUAAAUCAAACACUAGAAUCGAUCUGAGGAGGAGGGCGUCGACUAGUGUUGCAAUAGCGUGUAAAGAGUUGACAUCUAUUUUUAAUUUCUGGAGUUUUUUGAGAAUUAGAUUUACUCUCCAUGUGAACAUCUUGUAUGUCUAUAACUCCUUCUGUAUGAGAGGAUAUUCGAGUGCUUCAGUGCACAACUUUGAAGUGUACUUUUAUCAUGUUUUGUACGCCUUUGGCUGAAAGACAUUAUUUUGGAGAAACGGUGGGAUUUUCACUUUUUAGAUGAUACUUGGGUGGCAAUAGUUUAGACUAGAAUAGUUAUUAUUGUAAAAACAAUGAUUUGCAGGUAGCUUCCAAUUCUUUCCACGUUCGAAUGAAUUCUGAAACCUGCCUCACGGUUUUAUUUUCCAAUUUAUAUCACAUGGCGGAUUGUGGGAAGAGCUGGGCUUGUCUUUGCCCACAAAAACACUUUAACUGAAACAUUUCUAAUAAUAUAAGCUUCUUCAGGGUAUUAGUGGAGUGCAGCCAUGGUUACUUCUCUUCACCUACAAGUGCUCAUUACCAGAAGCUCUCACACACACACACACACACACACAGCUCUCAGAGUAUGACGCCUGCAGGUUGUCAAUACUGACUCGUCCAUUUACGUCACUAAAUUUUCAUACGUUAUGUGUAGAAUCCACUCGUGUGUACUGUAAAUAGUUGUAACCUCAUAUUAUACUUUUUAAAAAAAUGUUCCCCUCCAUCAUGUUGCAUUCAUUGCAUUGGACAUUAAAAACUCAGUUACACUGCAAGUCAAGUUUUUGAAAAACUUAAGCUUUGGAUAGAUUUCAAGUGAAUUCCUGAAAUGUAAGAGCUUACCGUCUCGCGCCAAUGAGCGGACAUGUGCGUUGGUAACGGCCGAGUGUUUGAUGUGUUAAAGGCAAGCUGCCUGAUGCUAACGGGACUCUCAUCAGUGCCUUAUUAAUGGCAGCUGGAGGCAAAAUGUUUCCCUCGUUAAGCCUGAAAACUCCCACAGUUCCACAUCAUCGGUUGAAGUGAUCGAGCUCGUUCUUUCCCGUUAUUCACAAUGGGUUGUUUGAAAUACUCACAACUAUGAACUCAAAACCUUUUGGAUUUGGGGAGACUGUGCAUUUAGAUUGUAUCAACAUGUUUUAGUAUGUUAGUAGAUGCAUUUAUCAGCCUUUAUCACCCAGCUUCUUAUUUGUUUGUGAACUACUUUUUAUUUUCUGUCUGAGGUGUGUAAAGAUGGCAGCGUCUGUUGCCAAAAUAUAUAUAUAUAUAAUUUUUAUUUUUUUUUUUUUAUACAAACACAGUAGUGCUGUAUUGGGGGCAUCAAACCAUUUGAAGGCCGUGCACAGUUUGCCAGUUUACAGGGGGGCGUAUUGUGUAACAGUAGUAACAUGUGUAGUUAAAAUUGUGACUUAACAGAUUUUACACUCAUAUUCUUGACAAACGGAAAGCUAUGUUCUUCUGUUAGUGUGCUUGUAACUGAAUAGAUUAAAUAUUAUGGUCUGUUUUGGAAAGGGGUUCCCAGGUGUGACAUAAUUCAAGGAGUAAUACAAAAGUAAACUAUUAGUUUUUUAACUGCAGUAAAAGCAUCUUUAUUAGUACAUGUUUUUUUUGUUGAAGUUAACAAAGGGCAAUCUUUCUUGUGGAGUAAAACUUAAACUCAGGACAGUCAUAUUUAUCUGUACUUUUUUUUUUUUUUUUUUAAAGUCUUUCUGCUUUAAUAAAGCUUGUAUCUGCCUUCCAUCUGAAACAGGCCGAUUUAUUACCUUCCUGGUUCUGUCUGUGUUUCUUGUGAAGGCACUUCAUGGCAUUUUGAGUAAGACUACCUUUUGUGUCUUGUAUAUACAGUGUGUAUAAAUAAAGCUUUGUUGAGGAAG